CUAAUAUGUUUAUUUACAAAUAAAUUCUGUUUUUAUCCUUCACAAAAUCAGUUGUUUGUUUGCUAAAAAUUAAAACAAAAAAAUAAAAGAGUGUAGUUUUAACAAAAAAAAAGUCGGUUCUUUAAAAAAAAAACAGUUCUCUUAUAAAAAAUAUUGUGUAAAUAAGUAAAAAAUGUAUGAAGUAAUCGAGUGCGAAAAAAAGACCAAAAUCAAGACCAUUAACAUUCUCGCUGUUCGCCAAAAAAAUGUCUUGAAAGAAAAUUUAAAAAAAUGGUGCAAGACAGUCGCCUUGUUGUUUCGCGCAUCCAUUUCGCGGUCGUAAUGUUAUGGCCAACGUUUUCAAUUCAAGUUUAUUUUUGUUUAAUUUAAAUAGUAUUUUUUUUUGUUCUGUAAAACAAAAAAAAUUAAGACAAAAAUGUGUUCCAGCAGGGAUUUUCAAAAAUGAAAAUAUUUAUCCAAAAAAUGUUGAAGAUUGUUCAUUUUGGGAAGCAUCGAAGUUUGCUUCUAAGCAGUAAUUUCCAAGAACAUCUUAAAUAUGGACUCAGAAGAUGAGUCACGCCCUGGUUCGUCGGCGUCCAAUUCAUCGGAUUCAUCAGAUGAUAAUAAUUCGGAGAAUAAUUCACGUGCAUCGAGUCCAGAAGCACCCAAACGUUCGAAAUCUGGUUCGGUAAAAUCGGCGGCAUCCGUCAAAUCAACGACAUCUAUGAAAUCUGGAUCGAAUAAGUCGGGAUCGGCAAGUCCCCAAUCGGGUGGCGAACGAGCAGUAUCACGUUCGUCACGCGUUAGCUCGCGUUCAUCGAGAGCUUCAUCGAAAUCGAACUCUGGUUCAUCAUCAUCAUCGUCGUCAUCGUCUAGUGAUGAUGAUGACGAAGCUGGAAGUGCGAAAGAGAACAACAAAUCGCCCAGCAAACCUGCAUCAUCUCGAUCAAGCAGCGAAGAAAGUGGCAAGAGUGGCAAGAGUGCUAAAAGUGGCACUCAGAGGCAAGGUGUAGUGUCUCGCAAUCAAUCAAUUUCACCCGUUAGACGAAAAUCUCGAAGCUCAAGAAAUUCUAGUGUAUCCAGUGCUGGUGGCAGCAUAGAUGAUAAUCGUGAAGAUGGCGCUAUUAAUAUGUCACACGAAGAUUUGAGUGAUGUAAGUGAAAUGGAUUCCGAAAAACGUCUAGAUCAUGGCCACAAAGAGACCACUAAAAUGUCUAUUGAUGACGAAGCAACUAAUGGAUCUAUAACAAAUACAAAUGAUCUUGAUCGUCCACAAGAGCCUGAGGAAGAAGAAAAAGAGCAUGCGACUGAAGAAAAUAACUCUCGACAUAGCCGUAAUGAGGACGACGACGAUGAUGAUGAUGAUGACGAUGAUGCAGGUGAAAUAGUUGAAAACUCGAAAAAGCAAGAUACAAUUAAAAAAGAUGAUGAAAAAGAAGAAGAACAAGAACGGGAACAUGAACGCGAGCGAGAGCGGAGUCACGACCCAGAACAGGAGGAUGAGCCAAUCAUAACCGACUUACGACAAAAACUUGACAAGAAAAAAGCGUGCCAACAAAAAGUCGCUGAAAAGUUAGAAGAAGAUAAUGAGUCGCAAUGUGGAAACAAGAAUAAUGGCAAUGUUGAAUCGGAUAUCGAUGAUUUAGUAAAGAAACACGAUGAAGAUGCACUCGAUUUCGAAGCCGAGGAAGGAGAAUGUCCUGAAGUCAGCAAAGAGGAACAAGAGAAGAUUGAUGAAGAUGCCAAGAAAAAGGAUGAAUCUAACAAGUCCGAUGGUGAAGCUGAAGAGGGUGAAGAGUUGGAGGAAGGUGAGGUUUCAGAUGAAGAUGAAAAGCGUCCCGAAGAAACAGAACCCAAACCAGUAUGCAGGUUUUAUACACGAGGUCAGUGCACUUGGGGCAUGAGUUGUCGUUUCUUGCAUCCUGGUGUUACCGACAAGGGCAAUUACACAAUGUUUGAUAUGGUGCGACCAGUAUCAGUUCCUACGGGAGGAGGUCGGCCACCGUUGGCAGCUGCCUUUGGGCAUGAUAAUUAUCAUGAUUACCGCACUGAUAGACCACCUCUUCAUCAUCGUGCUCCGCCAAUACAUCAUCAUCCGGCCAUUCCGUUUGUUGCACACCAUGACCCCAGAGCCAUUCCACCUGUUGCAGCACAGGAUCCUCCUAUUGUCGAAAGCGCCUGGGAACGGGGUCUACGCACUGCCAAGGAAAUGAUGCGCAAAGCCAACAAGCGCAAAGAACAAGAUAUGGACUUUGAAGAUAAGAAAAUGAAUUUGACUUUGUCCCCAGAUGAUGUUGAAAAAGACAACUACUACAUUAAGGACAGAGCUACACCACCAGAAGUUGUUCCACAAUAUCCAAGACAUCAAAAUUAUCAAGAGCCACCUGGUCUAUAUCCACCACCGGAGCGUUUUGCCAGAGGACCACCACCAAUUUAUGAUGAUUUAGAUCCUUAUGGUCGCAGUGCUAGGUAUCGAGAAUUGCCAGCUCAUCGCAUGCCUCAUUAUGAGGACGAGAGAAGAGUGCGUCCAGCACGUGAAGUGAUUGUACAAAGAGUCGAACCCGUUGGAAGAGGUGACGAAUGGAAUGAUCCAUGGAUGCGUUCCAAGUCGCCAGGUGGUCGUGCUCUGUCGGAUCGUGAGAGAAGCGACAAACGUCGCCGCGAUAGACGCAGCUAUAGUAGCAAUUCAUCUUAUUCCAGUUCAACUAGUUCACAAUCCGAUUCGAGUUCGGAAUCUAGUCGAUCGCCAAGUCCAGAGCAUAGACGUCGCUAUAAUAGCAGUUCACACAAAAGUCCACCACCAAGGCGACAUUUUCGAAGUGGUGGUGGUGCUGGUCUUCGAUCGCCUAGUCCCCGGCGACCAAGGCGUUCUCCAAGCAUUGUACGUUCACCAGUUGCAAAGCGGCGUGGACAUUCUUCACCUUCUCCAAUUCCAGAAAAACGAUCAACAUACAGUCCGAGCAAUCGUAAAAGAAGAGCUUCUCCACCUCCAAAGAAAUCUGGAACUGAUAGAAAUAAAAAACGUCGCGGAUCAAGUAGCUCUGGUUCGAGAUCUUCUGAUUCAAGUGGCUCUGGUUCGGAUUCAUCGUCAUCAUCAUCUGAAAGCUCGUCACAAUCUAGGGGAGCAACUCCAGUUAAACGCAUGCGCACAACUGAUAAAAUAGCUAACGAACGUAAAGCUGUGAAAAAGAUUGAAGCUGUCAAGAAACGAUCACCAAUAUCAAUUGAAAUUAAAAAACAAGCUACUGUUGGAGCAUCAGCACUAACAUCACCCAGCAAUUCAAACUCAUCAGACAAACCAGAAGUAAAAGAUAUGAAGAAGAACAGGCGCGAGGAACUACUAAAACAGCUGAGAGCUGUCGAAGAUGCCAUUGCCAAGAAAAGAUCCAAAUUGACCUGAUAGAUUUAAGUGGGCAUUCAAAAUUCAAAAAUCAUCGCAAAAUAAAACUUUAUUCUUCAAAACUUGCACUCGUUGCAAAACCAUACACUAAUAUUAUCUGUAGCUCCAUUAACGAAUGCAGCCACCUCCGUGAAUACAUAUAUAUUUUUUUUAUUUUAAGAUCAUUAUUCGAUAUAAAAUGUAUAUGCUAAGUUUAACAGUUUUAAAUGGUCGUCUUUGUAUCAAUCAAUCCAUACAUAAAUUGAGAUAACCUCAAAAGAGACGAUACAAUUUAAUAUGAUUUUAUUUCUCUGAGUAUCGUGGGAAUAAUAUUAUCUAUAAAAAAAAAAAGAAAAAAAAAAAAAAAACAAAUUGACGAUAUUGUUUUUGUUUUUAAAUUUAACUUAACCGUAAUGAGUUUUGUUAAAAUUUCUCCAUUUAUGUAGCAAGCUUAAGAUUAAGAACCAAUAUUUUUGUACAAUUUAAUGGAAAUGAUUACAUAAAAAUGUCUCCAAAAAAAAAAAAGAAAAAAAAAAACUAUGACAAUUAUUUUACACUCGGCUGGAUAUAGACUUUUUUUUUAAUUUAAUAAAGAUGAGAAUGGCUUCGUGUAUAACUCAUACUAAUGUGACUUAGUUGUGGAAAUGUUUAAAAAUCAUAAAUAAACACAUGAUAUGAAUGUAA